CAAAAAGCCUAAAACAGCACCGCUACUGCUCGCAGAGCUCACAAUUUAUCGUUCUUACAGACGCUACACACCACAGAGAACGCGGUGCAUCGGUGCGGCCCAGCUCUUACAGCUCCAGGACGCAACAAGCACCGCUCGCCGCCAAGCACCAUGGUUGUCUCCGGCGUAAAAGAGCGCACGCCUUCGACAAGAAGCAGCGCGCCGCCGCGCCCGCCCCCAGGCGGCGGAGGCUUCCCGACGCGGCGCUGGACGCCGACGCCGCGCGCCGAGAAGCCGCCGCCGCCCGCGAGUGCGCGUCCAAUCAAGCCGACGGACGACGCGGGCCGCAAGGUCGCCGCCAUGUCGCCGGAUGAAGUAAGAGACGCGCUCGACGACGUGCGCGCGACGCUGAGCCCGGCGAACGUCGAGUUUCUGCGGAAGCGCGGCGCCGCGAAGCUCCAACGACCGCGGCUGCCGCCGGCCCCGAAGCCGCGGCCCCUGCCGCCGGGCACCAUGCCCACGAACGACGCCGAGCUCGCGGCCGCCUGCGCGGCGCUGCCGCCGACCGAACGCGCCAAGCUUGACUGGACGGCCGAGGCCGACGACGACGACGCCGCGAAGAGCGCCUCGGCGCUCAGCGAGGCCUUCGUGGCCGCUCAAAAAGAUUUGACCGUGACGCAGCGGCGCGCGGCCUUCUCCACCUUGGUGAGGGAGGUCGUCCUCGAGGGCGCCAUGACUUUUGCAGAUGCGCCUCUUCGAUUGCUCGAGGCGCUGGCGCGCGGUCUGGCGGACAAGGGGAAGUACAAGCGGGAGAACGGCCGCGACGCCGUGUCAGGAUUGAUCACGUUGUUAAGGCGGUCGCCGGACUACGUUCCUUCAACCAAGGACGACGCGCGGGCCUUCGCUGGACAUGCCUGGGACGCCGCGGCCGUCCAGGGCCUGAUCCAGCAGGGGACGAGCGACGCGCUCGCGGUCGUCGCGCGGGCCGCGCUGAUGUCGGAACCGGCGGCGGCGAAGUUGGUCGACGGGGGCGCCUCGGCGGCAGCCGUCCGGGCCUGCGUUGGUGGCGACGCGAACGGCGCGCUGGCCGCGGCGGCGCUCGUCGAGCGCGGCGCGCCCGUGAGCGACGCGCGGGCCGCCAUGGCGGCGUGUGUGUCGCACGAGGUCGACGCCUGGGCCCUCGCGGCCGCGACGCUCGCCGCGGCCUUCGCGCGGCGCGCCCCGGCGGACGGCGAGUGGCCCGCCGCGCGCGUCGCGGCGCGGGCCGCGGCCGCGUCAAAUGCCGCGCCCGCGGGCCUCGUCGCGGCCGCGCUCCUGCGCAAGUGUUGUAGGGGAGGCACGGUGGCCGAGGCCGACGCCGCGGACGUUUUGAUGGAGCGUCUCGCGGCCUGCGACGAUCCUACGACCUUGACGGCCUUCUGCCGCGCGGCACACGCGUCGGCGGCCGCGCGGAGCGACUACGCGCGGGCCCUCGCGGCGUUGGCGCGAGGUACCGGGGCGCUGGCGCCGGUUCUAGAAAGGUGCGAGGCCGGAGCCGCCGACGACGACGACUGGGCCGCGGCGCGCGCGGCCUGCGCGCUCGCGGCGGCGGCGGCGGCGCGCCUGCCUCAAAAGACGGCGGCCGCGCUGGGCAACGCGCGCGCGGCGUUCGCGGCGACCGCGCGCGCGUCCGAGCGGCGCGCCUGCCGCGACGCCGUCGCGGCCUUCUACGACGACGCGACCGACGCCCCGGCCAAGCAAAGCGAGGCCGACGACGACGUCCUCGUUGACGACGCGGCCGACGACCGCCGGGGCGCCUUCCACGCGGCUCACUGCGUCCCCGGUCUGUGUGGAAAUCAAGAGAUUGCCACGCCAUCGAACAGGUGUCGCGUUGAUGGCGUGGGGCGUCCGAAAUUUGAUUUCCACACAGGUCCUGGCGCGCCGGUUACGCGAGGCGGACGCGGUCUCAUUUGCAUUGAUGGCGCCGUGCGCCUGCCGGCAGGCGCGCUACGCGGAGCGUUGCGUUGCUGAGAGUGAGCAGGAGGAUCCGGGCCUGCAGAACCGCUGCGCGGCCGCGCUGCGCGGCGGCGCUCUGCCUUUUCCCCCGGCCUGGGCCCUCGCCGCGAGCGAUGCCGCGCCCCCGGCGAGCUAUGUCGCCGCCUGUGUGGAAAUCAAAAUUUUACGGCGCGUUACGCCAUCGACGCGACGCCUGCUCGAUGGCGUGGCGAUGCCGGUUCCUCACCGCUCGACCGAGCCAGGACGGCCGCUUCAUCGCCGAAAAAUGACUUGGUGAAGAAUUGUCGGGUGCACUCGACGCACUGGUUGAUUUCCACACAGGUCGCCGCGGUCCCGCGCGGCGCACUACUCGCCCACGCACUGCGCCGCGCUGCGCGUCCCUCCGUGGACGUGGAAUCCUUGCUCACGGACACUGUGGCUCGUCUGAUAGAUGAAGACGUCGUAGAGGGCGCCGCCUUUCUCCAUGAGUGGGUCCAGGGCGAGGCCACCAAGUCGCCGGCAGUGCACAAAUCAAAAUGUCGCGACGCGUCUCCACAUUCAUUUGCGCACAGGUCGCCGGAGAGCAGGCGUGACGCCGCGUUCGGUGCUACCAUCGAGCGCCUCAACGGUUUGGUAUUGGCGGAGUUUCCCGCCUCCACAAAGUCGGCGCGCCUCGCGCUGGGCCUGCUCCUCCAACCAAUAUUCCCGCCGGGCGUGCGUGCGGCCGUGUGGCGCGUAUGCGGCCUAGCAGGCACGGCAGCGCACCUUCGCGUAGACGUCGAAGCGUGCGCCUGCUCCGCCGAGGACGCGGAGCUGCUCGUGGACGACGUGCUGUUGUGUUUGAAGCACGAUCCACCGGCCGACGCGCCCUGUGUGCUACUGGCGAAGCAACACCUCGCCGCCUUCCUGCGCGCCGCGCCCGAGGGAUCCUUCGCGCGGGAAAGCCGCGCGGAGCUUCUCCGGGACAGUGGGGCUGGAUGGGCUGUGCGACGUGAUUGAUGAUGAGGAGCCUUUGAAAUGGUCCUUGGACGUCGACCCUUGACGCCUCAAGCGGCGAUCCCGUUCAUCACGUCCCACCUCCAAAGCGACGACAAGGGCCUGCGGCCAGCGGUCUACGACGCGUGCGCCGAGGUCGUGAAGGAGUCCCGGGAGGAAGUAGAUAUUUUGCCAUUAUUUAUUACUCACAACACUAAAGUUAGUCUGCGAAUUGAAGCGUGCCACCCACAGGCGCGUCGCGUUGCCGGACGAGGCGUGGCCGACU